AUGGCAGCUGAUGAUAAAGUUGCCAUUCUAACCGACGAUGAAGAAGAACAGAAGAGAAAGUAUGUGCUUGCUGAUCCUUUCAAUGGCAUUUCCAAGGAUCAAGACUUGCCACCUCAGAAUGAAUCCCCUUCAACGGAGACAACCACAGUCCCAGAUGAAGAGCUAGACUGGUUAGAGAAGCACUGCGUCAAAAUAAACAAUGAUCUUCUGAUCUCAAAGGUCUUUUAUUUUUUCUUCUAUUCUGCAUAUGGCUCCCUCUACCCCUUGCUGCCUGUGUAUUACAAGCAGCUGGGUAUGACACCUGGUCAGAGUGGACUUCUGGUGGGCAUCAGGUACUUUAUUGAGUUUUGCAGUGCUCCCUUCUGGGGAGUGGUGGCAGAUCGAUUCAAGAAAGGAAAGAUUGUCCUUCUCUUUUCGCUUUUGUGCUGGGUUUUAUUUAACCUGGGGAUUGGUUUUGUUAGACCAGCCACCUUAAGAUGUGUACCAAAGGGCCUUCCCCCAGCACAUCCCACCAAUGCAAGCAGCCUUUUAACAACAGCUUUGCAGAACGCCUCGAUGUCUUCUCCACUAACCACAGUGAGUACUUCAUCCCCAAAAGUUCGUGGCAAGAGACACCUGCUCACUUCCAGUCCGGUCACUUUGGAAAUAACAGGGACAGCUAAUCCUGAAAUAACAUUCCUGUUAGCUACACAGAGCAACGAUGUGGAGUUGGUGAUGGAAAACAGUACCCAUUUAAUUUCAAAGAACGCCACCGCUAGCCCAGCCUUACCUGGGAAUGUGACGCCGAGUACGUCUCCAGCUGCCACCACCACCAAGCCAAUGCCUUCUGACCAAGCUGUGCUUGUUUAUGAUCAACAAGAAGUUGAAGCCAUCUUUCUACUCAUUCUGCUGGUUGUCAUAAUAGGAGAAUUCUUCAGUGCUUCCUCUGUUACUAUUGUGGACACAGUAACACUGCAGUACCUUGGCAAACACAGGGACCGGUAUGGAUUGCAGCGUAUGUGGGGGUCUCUGGGCUGGGGGCUGGCCAUGCUCUCUGUGGGAAUUGGCAUUGACUAUACCCAUACAGAAGUUGUUAUUGAAGGUCAAGGUUGUAAAGCUCCUGAGUACAAGAACUACAGGAUAGUUUUCAUUGUUUUUGGUGUGCUGAUGACAAUGGCAUUGAUUGUGGCCACUCAGUUCCGAUUUCAUUACGCCCACUUCAAGCAGGAUGAAAGUAAGAGAAAAGAGGCAGAAAUCUCACAGGUGGACAGAAGUGCCUCCAAUGAAUCCUCUGAUAACACUCCUACCAGUAUGAGCCAGUCGCAGUCCUUCAGUUUUUGGGACCUAAUUAAACUGCUGUGUAGUAUCCAGUACGGCUCAGUGCUCUUCGUGGCAUGGUUCAUGGGGUUUGGAUAUGGCUUUGUGUUCACCUUUCUUUACUGGCACUUGGAAGACCUGAAUGGCACCACCACUCUCUUUGGAGUUUGUUCAGUGCUCAGUCACGUGUCUGAGCUGACUGCCUACUUCUUCAGCCACAAAUUGAUUGAAUUGGUUGGUCAUAUCAGAGUGCUUUAUAUUGGUCUUGCCUGUAAUACAGCUCGAUACAUUUACAUCUCGUAUCUGGAAAACGCCUGGACUGUCCUUCCGAUGGAGGUUCUUCAAGGUGUCACGCAUGCGGCUAUCUGGGCAGCUUGUAUUUCGUACCUCAGCGCGGCGGUGCCUCCGGAGCUGAGGACGUCAGCCCAGGGGAUCCUGCAGGGCCUCCACCUGGGUCUGGGCAGAGGAUGUGGGGCUAUGAUUGGAGGGGUUUUGGUCAAUUACUUCGGUCCUGCUGCCACAUUCAGAGGAAUAGGGAUGGCUUGUUUAGUGAUUCUUCUUCUGUUUUCACUGAUCCAGUGGAUGUUGGUUCCUGAUGAAGAAGAAGAAAAGACAAUGCUGGCAGAAAGGAUCCCAGUGCCUUCCAGUCCUGUUCCCAUAGCAACUAUUGACCUUGUACAACAGCAAUCAGAAGAUAUCAUGCCUCGGACUGAGCCCAGACUCCCUCUGAAGAAAACUAAACACCAAGAAGAGCAAGAGGAUGUCAACAAGCCUGCCUGGGGCAUCAGCUCUUCCCCUUGGGUCACCUUAGCUUAUGCUGUCUACCAGAUAAAAGAGAUGGUUAAACUAUCCAAAACCAAUCCAAUUCCUGAGAACCAGCCUUUGCAGAAAAUCAAUGAGAACUGCAGUGCUUCAUCAGCCAGUUCAGCAAGUCAGCCCCCAAAUCCGACAGAUUCUGGGCAGUCCAGAAAUUGUUCAGCACCAACACCUACAGCAACAUCAGAUUCCCAACUAGAUGGCGACCACGUUGUGUUGGAUCAUGAUGCUCAGCCUGCUGCUGCCGGGCCCUGAGAUAUGCUCAUCUUAUCAAAUCCAGUGCAUGGAACUC